UAGUGUGUUUAUGAUGAGUCGCCCCAGUAACACUGAAACCCUGUUCAUUUGUGUACGAUUGAAUCCACUGAGUAGGUGAAUAUAAUCUCUGUUGGUUAAUGAAGACAAGUGAGUAGAGUGUGGCUUGAACUGGUGAUCGUCUGGAAUUUGACAUAAUGCCAAACAAAGCUCAGGAGGAUGCUGUAAUUAACCUGAAGACUUUGCAGGAGAUUUCCCAGCAGCUUGGUUUUGAGUGGACAGUUUUGGGGUAUGAACUUGGCUUCAGCAGAACUGAGAUAGCACGUUUCCACGCCAAGUCUACAGAGAAGACUGCCCAGGCCAGGACCAUGUUAGAAAACUGGUAUGAGAUGUCAUGGGACAAGCCCAAUAAGACUAAGGUUCUCCAGAAUGGGCUGGAGCGAGCAGGCAGACGGGACCUGGCUGAGAGGCUGCGCUGCCUCCACUGGGGACACCAGAAGCUGAGCCGGAGGGUGGAGCUGCCUUCUGCCUUUCCGUUUAUAAUCACAGUCCACAAGACCAUCCACAACCAAGACGCACUGCGCAGGAUUAACGAACUUAACCGUAGAUAGACUUAAACCUGGGUAAAAAUGCACAUUGUUGUGGCUAUUACCAUGAUACCUGAGGCGUGUAGUUAACUGAACAAACAAUUGUUAAACUUAAACUUAAGCCAUGCAUGUAAUUAUGCAAACUGUAAAAUGCAGCUCAUCUUGUAAAAAAGCUUUUCAAUAAAGAUUAAAAAACAAAAAUA